UUGCAUUUUCUGAGAAGCGGCUGCAUGCAAGCGGAAUCAAAAACUACAACCGUCACUAUUCAAUUGACCAACGUGUUUAACCAUCCGCAUCGCAUAGUGAUUAAUAGUUUAUAGUCCGAAAGUACUUGCGACACUUUUCAACUGCACAUGUUUCAAGUUGUGUGAUGCCAGUUCGUUCUGCUAAUCCGGUACGCGCUAGAAGUUUGAUCCGAGACAAUUUGGAGAAACAGGCUGGUUGUCUAAAUUUAAUCCACUCCAGAAUGCCGAACAUCAAAGUGUUUUCGGGCACCUCGCAUCCGGACCUGGCCCAGCGGAUCGUCGAUCGCCUGGGCAUCGAUCUCGGCAAGGUGGUCACGAAGAAGUUCAGCAACUUGGAGACCUGUGUGGAAAUUGGGGAAUCGGUGCGCGGCGAGGAUGUGUACAUCGUGCAGUCGGGAUCCGGCGAGAUCAACGAUAACUUGAUGGAGCUGCUGAUCAUGAUCAAUGCGUGCAAAAUCGCCUCAGCCUCUCGUGUUACAGCUGUGAUUCCUUGCUUUCCAUAUGCCCGCCAAGACAAAAAAGAUAAGUUGGCAGGCAGUGAGGAUAAUGCGGAAAGCAAGAAACUAGCCAAGAAAAACUACGAUUGGAAAUUUAGGAGUCGUGCGCCCAUCUCGGCCAAAUUGGUGGCCAACAUGCUGUCCGUGGCUGGAGCCGAUCACAUCAUAACCAUGGAUCUGCACGCCUCACAGAUUCAGGGCUUCUUCGAUAUACCAGUUGAUAAUCUCUAUGCCGAGCCAGCGGUACUCAAGUGGAUCAAGGAGAACAUUCCCGAGUGGAAGAACUCGAUCAUUGUGUCGCCCGAUGCUGGCGGUGCCAAGCGUGUAACUUCGAUUGCCGAUCGCCUGAAUGUGGAGUUUGCCCUGAUACACAAGGAGCGCAAGAAGGCCAACGAAGUGGCCUCCAUGGUUCUGGUGGGCGAUGUCAAGGACAAGAUUGCCAUUCUGGUCGACGAUAUGGCCGACACAUGCGGCACGAUUGUGCAUGCCGCCGAUCGGUUGGUGGAGGCUGGAGCCACCAAGGUGUAUGCCAUUCUGACGCAUGGCAUUUUCUCGGGUCCCGCGAUUUCGCGGAUCAAUAAUGCCUGUUUUGAGGCAGUGGUGGUGACCAAUACCAUACCACAGGAUGGACACAUGCGGGAUUGCCCGAAAAUCCAGUGUAUUGAUGUCUCGAUGAUGUUCGCCGAGGCCGUCAGACGGACACACAACGGCGAGAGUGUGUCGUAUCUCUUCUCAAAUGUUCCAUAUUAAACCGAAAAGCGGCAGUUGAAUCAGCAAACGUUUACAACAGAAACCAGAACACCGUUAGCAAGCUACCGCCAACACAACUUUAACAGCAAUUUGUAAUGCAAAUCAACAACCACAACAAUUUGAAAACAACAUAUUUUGCCAUCAUCAUCGUUAUAUAUUUUUUAUGGAUUAUCUAUUGUAAUUAAAGCAAAUGCAAACUCAGUAGAUGGGAAAUCGUCAUUAUGUAAUUAUACUAAAUAGAGAACUAAAGAUAACACUUAACAAUAUACACCAACAAACAAA